AUGUCAGGUAAGGCACCGAUCCAUAGACUGCCUCCUCUUCCGAGGCUGAAAGUGAAAAAACCUGUUGUUCAACAAGAAGCUAACAGAUGCCUUGUGCUUAUGUCCAACCUUUUACAAUGCUGGUCAUCGAACGGACACAUGAAUGCCACCUGUGAAGAACUCGCGAAGGAUCUGAAGGCAUGUACGUCGGUAAAUGCGAUGGGUAAAGGAGCCACCGUGAAAAGAAGUAAUAUAAACUAUCAUGCUGCCAGGUUGUACGACAGAGUCUCUGGAAAGCCUCACGACUAG